AUGCCUCCAAUCACCUGCCAUAUUUUGGACACCACGCUGGGCCAGCCAGCGGCCAAUGUCGAGUGCGACAUCCGCGUUCUAAAGGACACUUUCCAGCAUUUUGCGACGGCCCGCACGAACUCGGACGGCCGAGUUGCUGAAUGGGUGCCGGCAGCCUCAGACGGCCAUUUGCUCAAAAGCGUCGGCUUCGAAAACAACCAGUGGACUAGUCUGGCGUCAGGAGUGUACCAGAUACGCUUUCACACGAAAAACUACUUUCUGGAGCGCGACGGAAAGACAUUCUUCCCCUUUAUCGAUAUCACGUUCGAGGUGCCAAACCCGCCAGAUAACCACUACCAUGUGCCUUUGUUGCUCAGCAACUACGGCUACUCCACCUACAGGGGGUCCUAG